AUGCAUGGAAAUGUUAUGGAUGCAAUGGCACAAGCUAUUGAACAAUCACAUACAAUUAUUAUUUGUAUGAGUGAACAUUAUCGUAAAAGUAAUUAUUGUCGAGCUGAAGCACAAUAUGCAUUUCGGUGUCAACGGAGAACAAAUGGGUUAUUCUUUCGAGAGUGUACCACAAUUACAUCAACUUAAUGCGAAUCGAAUAAAACUUUCAGAGUUUGUAGAACUUGUACCUUUAAGCAUAGCUGUGAGUUCAAAAAAUUUUUAAAAUCUUGCGAAGGGGUCCGAAGAGGAAGACCAAUUUGGGGUCUCCCAGCAAAACAGGACCUUAUCUAGUUUCUCUAUUGUAAAUGAUAGAAGUCUGAAAAUUUCACCAUAUAUACAACUUGUUGAGGUGGUCAUUUUUUGUAGCGGACGUUUUUUUCCUCCGAGUUCCGUUUUUGGGAAAAGGCUAAAGAAAAUGCUAAUUUUUGACAUUUUUUGGGCUCAAAUAUUUCUAUGAAGCUCGAACGGACUUUUAACUUUUAUUAGUGGUUUCAAAUCGUCAAACUGUCCUCUAUCCAUCGCCGAAACUCGCAGUUCUGUAGCUUGUCCCUAGAGCGAGUGGCAAAUGCAUCUUUGGGACCUACUUUCGAAUUUUUCCUAAUUUUGUGCCCCCCUUUGGCAAAACUACGGGAUUGCCAAGAUCUGUCCUAUAGUAGAAUAUCAUCAGCAUAUUUAGGUCUAUCAUUUCUGAAAAUUUCGUCUUUGGCCAAUGUGUUUUACACAAAAUCAAUUUUGACGGUUUUCUGAAGAGAAGCCUGCUAGAAACCCCAUACAAAAACCGUCAAAAUCCAUUUUGUGUAAAACACAUUGGCCAAAGACGAAAUUUUCAGAAAUGAUAGACCUAAAUAUGCUGAUGAUGUUCUACUAUAGGACAGGUCUUGGCAAUCCCGUAGUUUUGCCAAAGGGGGGCACAAAAUUAGGAAAAAUUCGAAAGUAGGUCCCAAAGAUGCAUUUGCCACUCGCUCUAGGAACAAGCUACAGAACUGCGAGUUUCGGUGUUGGAUAGAGGACAGUUUGACGAUUUGAGACCACUAAUAAAAGUUAAUUGUCCGUUCGAGCUUCAUAGAAAUAUUCGAGCCCAAAAAAUGUCAAAAAUUAGCAUUUUUUAUAGCCUUUUCCCAAAACACAGAACACGGGGGAAAAAAG